AUGUCAAUUGUCUGGGAUGAAUGUACCAUGACCCACAAAAAAGCUUUUGAUGCUGUGGACAGAAAAUUACGAGACAUUAGAAAUUGUAAUUCAAUGAUGGGAAAUGUCACAGUAUUAUUGUCAAGAGACUUCCGACAAGCACUACUCGUUGUUCCAAGAGGAACAAAAGUGGAUGAGCUCAAUGCUUCAAUAAAAUCUGUAUUAUGGCAUCAUGUGAAAACACUUCAACUUUCGACAAAUAUGAGAUCGAGGCUUUCAAGAGAUCAAUCAGCUAAACUGUUUGCAGAACAGCUUUUGAAACUCGGUGAAGAAAGAGUCCCAAUUGAUGAAAAACAGUUUCUUACUCUUAAUCCAAUAUGUAAUUCAACUGAUUCCGUCGACGAUUUGGUGGAUGAAAUCUUUCCUAAUCUUCUUCACAAUUACAAUAAUACAGAAUGGAUCUGUGAGCGAGCUAUCCUGGCUCCAAAAAAUGUUUUUGUACAUAGAAAUAUUUACUUAUAA